AAAAAAAAGGAAUUUUCGGGUUCCGCGACGGCGCCUCCGAGAGAUCAGCUCCUCAUCCCGUUUUCCGCAGCGGCCAUUCAAAGCCAAUGCGCCAAAAACCGAUCCCGACGGAGGUGGCGGCCGGAACCAAAUCGGCGACUUCGUUGAUGAGAUGGGCGGGAAAGGUAGAUCACCUGGGCGGCAUCCCUCGCGCGCUGGUCAUCACAGCCGUAGGGGCCUUCGCCAAGCUGUUCACCUCCUUUCUUAAUUCCACCCACGUCUAUAACGCCGAAACUCUUCAUCACCUUGUCCACUCCCGAUCACCCGGCCGACCACUAAUCACAGUCAGCAACCAUAUGUCUACGUUGGAUGAUCCACUAAUGUGGGGAUUCAAGGGUUUUCCUACAAUGAAUGCAAAGUUAGCAAGGUGGGUGCUAGCAGCUGAGGAUAUAUGUUUCAAAAAUGCAUUUUAUUCUUACUUAUUUCGACUUGGAAAAUGCAUACCAAUAACAAGAGGAGGAGGAAUCUAUCAAGAAAAUAUGAAUGAGGCUCUUGAUGUCUUAACCAAUGGAGGCUGGGUACAGUUGCAUACCUUUCCAGAAGGUAAAAUUUGUCAAGAGAGUGUACCUAUUAGACGUUUAAAAUGGGGAACUGCCAGUUUGAUUGCUCGGGCACCUGUAACCCCAUUAGUUCUGCCAAUCGUCCACUGUGGUUUUGAAAAGGUAAUGCCUGAGAAAUAUAAGUUCGACAGAAGGCCUCUAUUCCCUCUCAUCAACAGAAAUAUAAAAAUUAUCGUUGGGGAGCCCUUAGAAUUUGAUAUUCAAAGCUUGAGACAGAAAGCCAAAACCAUGCCCUGUGAAGCUUCCUCUGGGUCUCUUGGGUGGCCCAAUAGCUCACCAGAUGGCCUUAGUGUCGGAGCUCAGAGAUGGCUCUAUGCCAAUAUCUCAGAUCAGAUUAGAAAUGUUAUGGAGAAGCUGCGAUGCUUUGGGAUGGCAGCAAAGAACCUGCACGUAUAGGUACUUUCUGAAUGGCUUUCUCUUAAUUGGUUUAGGAACUAGGAUUUAGGUAAGAUGACUUGUUUUUGUUUUUUAGUUUUGCUGUUUGAUUUUUCAUUUAUGGCACAGAUUCUUCAUUUGGUGAAUAAUUAAGUUCAUUAGGUUUAAUCAGGAAUUUGCUUAUGAGUCUAUGAUUGCAGUAAUCCAUUUUUAGGUCUGCGCUUUAGCUGGAAUUUAUAAAUCAUUUAUA